ACCGAAAGCAGCGAGCGUUAUCAAAGCCGAGGGCAGCGACACUGACGGCCCCUUCACCUGCCUCCCGGGCAGAAGGGAAGUGUGGAGGGCCAGAAGGAUGGUGCAGUCCUGCUCCGCCUACGGCUGCAAGAACCGGUACGAUAAGGACAAGCCCGUCUCCUUCCACAAGUUUCCUCUUACUCGCCCCAGUCUUUGUAAACAGUGGGAGGCAGCUGUUAAAAGAAAAAACUUCAAGCCCACUAAGUACAGCAGUAUCUGUUCUGAGCACUUUACUCCAGACUGCUUUAAGAGAGAGUGCAACAACAAGUUAUUGAAGGAGAACGCUGUGCCCACAAUAUUUCUCUAUAUUGAGCCACAUGAGAAGAAGGAAGACCUGGAAUCCCAAGAACAGCUUCCCUCUCCUUCACCCCCCACUUCCCAGGUGGACGCUGCUAUUGGGUUGCUAAUGCCUCCUCUCCAGACCCCGGAUAACCUCUCGGUUUUCUGUGACCACAAUUACACUGUGGAAGACACAAUGCACCAGAGGAAGAGGAUCCUUCAGCUGGAGCAGCAGGUGGAGAAGCUCAGGAAGAAACUCAAGACUGCCCAGCAGCGGUGCCGAAGGCAGGAGCGGCAACUGGAAAAGCUGAAGGAAGUUGUCCACUUUCAGAGAGAGAAGGACGAUGCAUCAGAGAGGGGCUAUGUGAUUCUACCAAAUGACUACUUUGAAAUUGUUGAAGUACCAGCAUGAAAAAAUGAGAUGUAGUCGUGGGACAAGACUAUAUACCUUCUUUUAGCCUAAUACAGGAGUUCAUUUGAAAAAUAACACUUAAUUACUUGUAUUAAGAAAACAAUAUUUUUUUAAAAUAAAUUAGAUAUAUACUGUAAAAUUGUAAU